AUUCAGUUAGCAACGCUCAGCCUGCGUGGACGAAGGUGUUGUGCUAUGCGUGCGUGCGUUGCGGCGCUCUCUGGUGAAGUGUGUUGACGAGAAGUGUAUUCUGUUGAGACGUGGAUUUUUGCUCUCGCCUCCACGCCACGGACGGGAGGAGCGCGUGAAGACAUGUUGACUUCAAGUGGAAAUCAGUAUCUUCGCCCAGAGUAUCUUAACCCCAUCCAGGGACACGCGAUCGAGCUGGACGCCAAGAAGUCCCCGCUGGCCCUCCUGGCGCAGACGUGUUCCUCCAUAGGGGCGGAUCUGUCACAGAAGGGCGGCAUUCCCCCCGUGGACAAAGCCUCCAAGGGCAAGUCCUCCCCCGGGGCCAAGUCUCCGGGCGCCACUCUGAAUAUUACACCCUCGGACGCCGCCAAGACCACGCCCUCCGCCGCCUCCUCCUUCAAGCCCUACGAGAAGAAAGAGGACGAGGACCGCAUCAGUCCCAGCAAACGGUCGUCCCCGCACUCUCGCUCCCCCGGCGGCAGCCAGCCCAGCGCCGAGCGGUCCUCCUCCAGGGGCAGCGACAGUGGGAGGUCCUCGUCUAGACCCAGAGAUCCUCCCUCCUCCUCCUCCUCCUCCAUCUCCCCGCGGGUCUCCUCCCCGUCCGUCACCCCGAAGAGCAGCUCCUCCGUGUCCGCCUUCGGGUGUCUUGGGGACCUGACCAAGGACCCGCUGGCUGCGUACAAGCUGGCGCCGAGCCUCUACCCACACCUGGCGCUUGGCCUCGACCCGCUGGGCGCCGCGGGCCUGUCAGCGCUCACAGCCAAGGUUCCAACUAGUACGUCAGCAGCUCUAUCCAGUCCCUACAUUGGUUACGCGAGGGUCAAAACAGCGAGUGGCACUGAGACUGUAGUGCCAGUGUGCCGGGAUCCUUACUGCAGCGGGUGCCAGAUCAACUCCCAUGCUGCCCAGGUGGUAAACGGCACUUGCCCCCCCGGAUGCUCCCAAUGCUCACAGAUUGCGACGCAUACGAAGAAUCUGGCAUCGCUACCCGGCUUGUUACCAUCCCUACCUGCUUCUACCCUUGGUCUCUACCCUCCCCCGGGGCUGGUCGGCGGCUCACACCAACCCUACGUGUGCAACUGGAUAGCGGGCGACACUUUCUGUGGCAAGCGGUUCUCCACCUCCGAGGAGCUCCUUCAGCACCUCCGCAGCCACACCAAUCUCUCCACCUCCGACUCCACGCUGCCUCUCCACGCCCUCCAUCACCCACUCCUCGCCGGCCACCUCCCGCGUGGCUACCCAACCCCACCACUGUCGCCCCUCUCCGCUGCACGCUACCACCCAUAUGCCAAGCCGCCCUUAGGUCAUCUCCCCCCUACGGCGCCCCUUCCAGCCUCCGCCCUUUCAGCCGCCACUCUCUCCGGCCUCCCCCCGCACCCACUCUCCGCCUACUACAACCCUUACUCCUUGUACGCCCGCGGCCUGGGUGCUACCACAGGGUUGCACUAGUUGUGUGUGGGCGUGGGAUGGGCGUGCCAAGGGCGUGGUCUCCCCUUGUGUGCUGUGAUGUUAUUUCUUCUUCAAUAUGUACAAAUCGGUGUUUUAUGUGAAUAUGUGAAGAUUAUUGAGUCAUCUUUGUUUGUUUUCAUUUAUUCACUAGAGAAGGAGGGAAUGUAAUGUGUGUGUGUGUGUGUGUGUGUGUGUGUGUGUGUGUGUGUGUGUGUGUGCCUGCGUGAGAGAGAGAGAGAGAGAGAGAGAGAGAGAGAGAGAGAGAGAGAGAGAGAGAGAGAGAGAGAGAGAGAGAGAGAGAGAGAGAGAGAGAGAGAGAGAAUCAGCGUAAGAGAGAGAAAGAGAGAUUUUUGUUUCAUCGUCAAUGUUGUGUGUGCGUGUGCGUGUGCGUGUGCGUGCGUGCGAGCCAUGUUUUACUUAACGAUCUGUGAUUUUCUUUGAGGGUCGAGGACAAUCAUAUUAGUUUUAUUUUUCGUUCAUUCUCCCCGAAAGUCGUGGCUGGGGAUCUGUGAUCUCAUGUGAGGUGGGGGGGAGAGGAGGAGGAGAAGGAGGGGGAGGUGAGGGGUGGAGGGGCAACGGAGAAGAGGGGAUGGGGCAGGCUACCCUUCCCCCUCCUCCCCUUCAAUCCUAUCACAAACCUAUUCUGAGAUGUCAGUGUUAUAAAUCUUCAACCCCUUCUCCAGUAAUCCCUAUCCUCCCCCAUAACCUUCCCACAACCUCCCCCAUAACCUCCCCACAACCUCCUCCAUAACCUCCCCCCACCCCCACACGCUCUAUAUAUUCACUGUACAUUACUUGAGUGUGUCAUGUCAUGUGUUUGCAGCAAAAAAGAAAAAAAAACAACAGCAGCAGCGAAGUAUCUGUUUGUAUAUUUAUUGUACCAUAUCUGUAAGCCAAGUUUUAGAGGGAAAUGCAUUUAUUUACAGAUCGA